GGGGCGCCCGUUUGACACAAGAGCCAACAUGAACGUGGGAACGGCACACAGCGAGGUGAAUCCCAACACCCGUGUCAUGAACAGCCGGGGCAUCUGGUUGUCCUACGUCCUUGGAAUCGGCCUGCUGCACGUCGUACUCCUGAGCAUCCCCUUCUUCAGCGUCCCUGUGGUUUGGACUCUUACCAACAUCAUUCACAACAUGAGUAUGUACAUCUUCCUACAUACCGUGAAAGGAACUCCUUUUGAGACUCCGGACCAGGGGAAGGCUCGGCUGCUCACGCACUGGGAGCAGAUGGACUACGGCGUGCAGUUCACGGCAUCGCGCAAGUUCCUGACCAUCACGCCCAUUGUCCUGUAUUUUCUAACCAGCUUUUACACAAAGUAUGACCGGAUACACUUCAUAAUCAACACCAUCUCCCUUAUGAGCGUCCUGAUCCCCAAACUGCCUCAGUUUCAUGGAGUCCGGAUCUUUGGGAUCAAUAAGUACUGAACCGCGUGGCUGGAGCGAAUUGAAGAGGAGGCAGGGGAGAGGGGGAAGUUCCUUCUCUCUAGUCCUGUUUCUUCACCCCCACGCACACUGGGAUAUAAUUUCACAGCGGCUGUUUAAAUGCAGUAUCCAAUAGACAUAUACCGCAUGCUGGAUCCUCAUGCCCAAUAAAUCUAAACAAGCUCCAGAGUAGAGUUUAGUGCGGAGCAGGAUGCAUGACGCUGGAUUUCUUUUAUUCCAGCGUCAUAAAUAGAUGCAGAUACACUGAGACUUCAAGGUACAAAGACGAUGAAUUCUGGGGAGAUUUUCAUCUAUCCCAGACACUGAAUGAUGAGAAUAGGGAUGAGGGGAAAAGCUUUUAGUGCUGGUACUAUUGCUGUGGUAAAUGCACUUUAAAAUAUAUUUUCCUUUCUGAAGCUAGGUGCUUUAGGCGAUAUGUGGGGGAAAUUCAAAGGGAUACAGCCAGACUUUCCCAAUUGAUUGUUUCAGGGUUUUAGUUCCAUUUUUGGGUGGGGGAGUGGGAGGGGAAAGAGAACAACAGAUUUUUAUUUUGCAAUCUUUUACGCCACUGAGAAAGGAAGUUCUUUUACUAAAAAUGGUACAGGAAGGAAUGACCUGCAAUUUGACAAAGCUUUCAGUUUUCUACGGUACCAUUCGUGUGGCUCAGGGAAAAGGUCAAUAGAUCCUAAAUCAUACUUGUUAUUUUCAGCUUACACCAGAAUCUGUCUGGGUAACUCUGCUCCCCACCCCAAACCGCUCAUUUUUAAGGGCGCUCUGAGUGCUCAGGCAGUACAGCAUUUGGAUUAAGGGCUGGGGUGCAGCUCAUUUUAAUGGUCAACAACAAAUGCCACUGAGCUAGUUGGUACACGGAGACUGCACAAGCAUGGGAGAAGCUGAAGACUGAUGGGUAUAGGCCAAACGGGAGACGGAGGGCUGCUUGCUAUAAUCAGUUAGCGACUGUAAUUGGAAUUUUUCUCCUCAGUCCAGCUCCUUGGUCUCUUAAGUCUGUGUACGUCUUACUGGGAUUUGCCAGUGGACUUAACUCAGUAUCUGACUCGAGGCAAGCGAGUGUUUGAUUUCUGGCUUACCUAGAAGUCCGUCACUUGGCUCCACGCACAAGUGCUGUGGCAGCAUCCCCUGAGCCCUCAGGUGAUCACUGGCAAGGGUGAGGGAGCUGCGGGAGAGCAAUACUAACAAGCAGCACCGGCAGCAGACUGAACUGACCAACAGAAGGAUGCAAUGGUCGCUGGAGAUGAUAGAUUUAGUAUAGGAACAAAAUUGAGCCUUUUUCCCCAUAAAGUUACCACCUAAAUAAAGUAGAUUUGCAGGUUUAGACUUCCUGGCUGAGAUAGCUUUCUACUGUUCGAAGCAAUCGGUUUUUCUUUUGGGUUGUGUGCCAGAUGAAAUGUGGUUUUUUCCUCAUGCUUCCCCCGUAAACUCAUGAAAGCCUGUAUUUUUGUUGUCUUAGUGCUUAUAUUGUCUCACACUUUUGACAAUGGUAAAAACAUUUUAAAUAUGCUAUUUUUGUUCCUGCAUUAGCCAAUUCUAGCUUUAGAGGUCGUAGUGGAUAUUGCUGAGUUCUGUUUGAUGGUCUGAGCAUAGGACAUGGGUAGGGGAACUUCAGGUUUGCAUAUAAGAUCUAGUACUACUCCAUGCAUGAUUUUAGGCAAGCUGCUUUACUUCUCUAUCUCAGACUUACUAUCGGACUGCUGCAGAGAAGGGAAAAACAUUUAGCGUACCUCAGAGGGCUGCUGGAAUGCAUAGAGAAUCAUUACCCCUAGUAUGUUUGAAAAGUGGAAAUAUUUUAAGUGAAAAGGAAGUUUUCAAGAAGGUAGAAAGGGAAAAGAGUCCGGCUUGAUACCCGAGCGCUGUUCUCCAGCGAGGGAGUUUGACAGAUGUGCAAUUUACUUGAUGGGGGGGUUAAACCUUUUAACCACCAUGACAUAAGGACUGCUGCUUUAGUUAAGGUACUAUAUACCCUAAAGCUAAUAUACUCUUUAAGCUACUAGACAAUGACUUUGGAAAAAAAAAAAAAAUACUGUUUUCAAAAUAGAGUUUUUCCAUCAAUCAGCUAAGUACCUUUGAAAUGACUAAGAAAUCAACAGUGUCAAUGCCCGGAAUGCUCACGGGAAGACCGCUGCCCUCAGAGCUGUAGAGUCCUGUCCGUAACAGGACGGCUAAGGCUGUAUCCGUAAUGCAGACUGUAUGCUGCUUAACAGACCUGAAUGUCUGCCCGCAGACACAACUUACAUGCCAAUGGUAAAUCUCCAGAGGAAAGAAAACUAUUUACUUAUUUUGGUAGAAUAGGAGGGGAAAAACAUCAACUUUUUUGCGACAGAAACAGUUGCUAUAUGCUUAAAAACAUUACUCCUAUAUAGACAGAUAUACUGAUUAUUUCUAAGUAUUUGCACAUUACACAAAGUCAAAGCAGUUUUGAUAUUUUUAGCGCAAGUAUAAAUUGAAGGUAGGGCUCAGCUCUUCUCGAUGAAGUACAGCACUUCACACAGUUUCCUUGAAGACCUUGGCAUUAUAGCAGCUGAGGGUUUGAACAUGUUAUUUGUGCUGUUAACUGACGCUAUGGACAUCCGAUUCUGUUUUGUUAAAUUAAAGAUCAACUGUAAAACAGAAUGGGAUUGUCAACUUCUCAAAAAGGCAGUUUUUAAAGCCUAAAGUCUAAAACUUCUUGUUAGGCAAAGCCUUAAUUAUAAUAGUAAGCUUUUCUGAUUUACCUUGUUCAGACAAGCGAUUAAAAUAGCCAUUACACAGAUGUGUUACAUGGCAAAUGACAUUCUUUACAACACAGGGAUUGCAUUUUUGCCACGGAAUAACUGAAGUUAACUUGGACUUACACAGUUAAUUCAAUCAAGGGAAACAUAAAUGAAAACUGGAGAAGUAUGGAAAGAAGUGAGAGAAUUGAAGAAAGAUUUCACAAUGUGGUGUGUUAAGUAUCUACAUAAGAUUAGUAACUACUUGAACAAUUAUACAUCUGAUAGUAUCUUCCUUAAGAUCCCAUCUUAAGGGUAGGUAUCAGAAUUAAUCAAAAAUAGAGAAGAAACCAUAAGUUAAUUGUAAUUAAACCACAGUCGCUACUUGUUAGGUGUACCUGAGGCAGUUUUAAGUGAAAGGGGUUUGGGUACCGCUGGUCGAGCCACCCUCAUACACCAGUUGUGUGGCUCCUUCUUGUCAGUGUCGCAGGAGCAAGCGGUACCCGACUUACGUUUCCGCUUGGAAACCACCACUGCAGUGGUGUGGAAGUAACUGACACAGUUUUGGGUCUCCUGGAACUCUGUACCAAAACCACUUCUGGUUUAUUUGUGUGUGCUAAAUUCAUACAGGAGUAAGUUCAGCACUCAAAGGCUAAUCUUGCACACAAACAAGGUAAAGAGCGUAGUCAAAACAUUAACACCCUCAUGGAAUAACUCAUUUCUGAGAAGAGGGAGAUCAGGACAGCGUGGGCAGGAUGAGGGACUUUCAGACAUGUACUUGCAACUAACAUAGCAGUGAUCCAAGGGCGAAGCCUACCUUUUGCGUGGAGAACCAGAACGGGAGUGCAAAGACUGUCCAUUCAUUCUUUUAGACUGUAGAAUUUUCUCCAAGUACCUGCGUGAAGGAGAUAAUAGAUUGUUAUUGAUUUUAAAUGGGAUUUUGAUCACAUCACACUUGACAGAUUUUCCUCUCAAACUUGUACUGGCUUUCUGUAUAGUGACUAGGGCGAACGUCAGCUGGAGAAUUAAAGGUGGGCUCCGUCCUGUGACUGAGAAACAAUUGCUGGAUAAGUAGGUACUUAAAAUGCUUUUCUUUUUUGUUCUGCAAUGAAUGCCAAAGGAGAAAAGCUUUUGCAAACCACCACUUGAACUGGCAGAAGCCAUCCCUCUGCCCCAUCUUGUCCUGGGCAGAGCCUCUUCUAAGCCACUGCCAAGACCAUGCGUGUAUUCACACAGUAUGGCAGUCACUGCACCAGGAAAGUCAGAAAACAAUCAAGUACUAACAGCCUGAUGCUUCUGAAUUAGGGAUCCUGUCUUGUGAUUCGUUUAACAUCGCUAACAGGAUGUCACACAGUCCAACCCUUUGCAGGAAAAGUCUUUUUUU